CCUAGUAACUCGACCUACUACAGAAAUGACAUUUUUGAAUUUCCUAUAUCUACAAACCGAGUUCUACCUAAUGCUAUUAAAAACAUUUCAAUCGAGUGAAUGGUUGCGAAGUUAUUAGCUAUCCCAAUUUAGUAUGUCUAGUUGGGUAUCGGAUAAAUUAGAUAGAAAGUCUAUUUACUUGGUUGAUUUGGUUUUUCCUUAAUACGAACCUUCUUCUUGACUAUCGUAAAACCUAGUAACUCGACUUACAUCAUUUACGUAAUGGAAUUGUACAAAUUUAUCAUUGUGGCAAUUACUUACUAUUGUAACAUAUUCAUAUUUACAAUAAUAAAACAUCUUAAAUCUACUAAAUAAAACUAAAACGAACAAAAUUCCAAUAAAGUACUAUCGUAUAUCGAGUUGUCGGGAUUAAAAGUAGCAAUAUUGCACAUGCGCAAGUAUAUUUACACUUGAUUAAUUAGAAUAGACGUUAUAUAUUUCACUUGAGUGUCGGACGUCAACCGGGUUGGAAUUAAGACGUGUAUCUUGUGAGUGGAGAAAAUGAAUCGAGGGCAAAAAUUGGUAAAUCUGGCCGCUGAAAGCAGAAAUUAUACCGUAGAUGAGAUUACGAGAAAAUCAGUAUUGGAGGAAUCUCCUUCACCUAUGGAUGAUUCAGACGAAGAUCCGGAUUUUGAUCCAGACAAGCCCGUCAAACAAAGCGGCCGAAAAGAGAUUCCGAGACAUUUUACCCAAAAAGAUCUUUCCUUAACGAAUAAUUUACAUAAAAAAGAACCACAACGAAAAAAAAAUAAACUAUGGCAGUAUACUGAUCAGACUAUGAUCUUUCCAAGUCCCGAGCCUUGGGAAAGUGAAGGUUUGAGAAAUGUAAGUGAUUAUACCGAUCUUGUGCUUCAAUACUGGAAGGAGAAUGUAGACAACACACCUUUAGAUGUACCUGACGAAAGAAAUGAAACUGUCACACGCAAAAAAACUAACAAGAACAGCAAGAUUUCAAACGAUAAACUAAGGUCACCAUGUAAAACGAAUUGUAGAAGGCGCUGUAGAGAACGAGUAUCAGAAAAUGAAAGGCGGAAAGUAUUCGAAUAUUUUAAUAAACUUGAAUUCUCGAAUAAACAAUUACUUUUGGACAAAUACAUACAAAAAAAAGAAGUAAAAUACCGGAAGGUCGAUGCAGAAAAGAAUAAAAAAUUUACUGUUUCCUAUACACUUCCCACGUUUAAAGAAGAAAAUAAUUCGUCUGACUCUAUUGUCGCCGAAAGCAGUUCUAGAUGUGGACCGAUUGUUGUGUGUAAAGAAAUGUUUCUUCGUACUCUUGGGAAAAAAUCAGAUGGGAUGAUCACCUGCUUCCUACAAAGGACGGCCAAUGAUCUUCCUAAUCUUCAAGAUAAACGAGGAGCGGCCCACGCCAGAAAAAUGAAAGAAGUUGCGUCAGAAAACUACAAUGUAAUUAAAAACCAUAUAGAAACAUACCAUCCCCAGGUAUCGCACUACAACAUUUCUCACGCUCCACACAGAAGGUACCUUCCUCCGGAUUUAUCCAUUCAUCAAAUGCACAAGGAUUUUAGCUCAAAAAUCAAGACUGUCAGCUACGAGACGUAUAGGAAGGUUUUUGAAAAAGAAAACAUUGGCUUUUCUGCACCCACGCAAGAUGACUGCGGUUUGUGCGCAGUGUAUAAGCAGCAUGCCCAUAAAACCGACGAUCCUACGACGGAAACUUCUAGUCAAGAAGAGAAAGAGCAAAUUGAUCCAAAUGUCUCUUCUAAUGCGAAAAGCGAUUGUGAUACUUGUGAGAAAUACCAAUUACACAAAAAAAGAUAUACUAUAGCUAGACAGAUGUACACCAAAGACAGUUCAGGUGGUUUCGAUAAUGAUACAGAAAUAUAUGCCGUGGACAUGCAGAAAGUUUUACUUCUACCGAAGAUGUCAACCAAGGAUUCAUUCUUUGUUAGUAGGUUGGUGGUUUUUCAUGAAACCUUUGCUAAUUUGAAAUCAAAAGGAUACAACAAAUGCAUACUGUGGCACGAGGCUAUAAUGGGUCGAAACGCAGCUGACGUCGCGUCAGCGUACUACAACGUGGUCACGAAGUUACAGAAUGAAACAAAGCACUUAAUCUUCUGGUGCGAUAACUGCACCUCCCAAAACAAAAAUUGGACACUUUUUACGGCCUGUAUUACAUUUGUUAAUCAAGAUUGGGGUCCCGAAAGUAUAACUUUUAAAUACUUUGAGCCGGGGCAUAGCUUCAUGAAAGCUGAUUCAAUACAUGGACAGAUUGGCAAAAAGUGGAGUAAGUCAAAAGAGAUUUUGGACAUGGAAGACCUUGAAAAACUGAUGAAGUCUGCAAAUAAGUUGAAUGAGGUAACAACAUUAAGGUUUGACGACUUUAGAAAAUUUGAGAACGGAUGCAUGCAGAAAAAGAAAACCAACUGUAUGCCAAAAUUGAAUGAUAUUAAAUCGGUACUAUUUAAAAAGGGGUCCACCAAGAUUUUUUAUAAGUGCGAACUUGAACAUGAAGAGUUCCAAGAGGCGACGGUUCUUAAACCCAAGUUUAAACCACAAAUUCCCGAAAAGCAGGGCGCAGAUAGGGGAAUCAAUACAAAAAAAAAGGAGGCUAUUUCAAAAGUAUUGUUGCCUUCUAUGCCUUCUAGGAAGCAGAUGUUUUGGCAGAACCUUCCAAAUUUUGAUGACAAAGAAGAUCUUGGAAAGUCAAAUGCAGAAUUUGUUGUUUAGAGUAUUAUUUGUUCCUUAUUUUGCUUUUUUCUAAAGGGUUCCUAUUUUUUGUUUGUA